UAAGUCAGCAAAGCUCCUUUUUCCUAGUCUUUCUAUUUGCGGCGUUAUUGGUGUUGGUUGCUGUUUGUGGUUCGUCGUGGAUGAGCAGCAGAAAGUGGAAAAUUAUAAUAAAUCUAAUCGAGAAUUCUGUUUUGAUUCCGAUACAUCGCGAAUUUAAAUAAUUUAACGACUGAACGUGCAACGGUGCUGUGAGGCAAAUUAAUAAUUUCUGCGGCAUACUACUGUUCUUCGGGUGUGUGUGUAUUCAUACACGACAUGUGUGCACAUACAUAUGCCUGCAUGUACAUUUGAAAUUGAAAUUAUGCAAAAUGUGCAUCAUACUGCGAACGCCAGUUAAGGAGCAGUGCUUCAAUUGCUACUUCAAUGGAAAUAUAACUGUUACGUACUGCGUUCGCGAUUUUCCCUGUACUUAUCCUGUGCCUAAACCGUCGAGCGAAACGCAGGCUUAUAGCGCAUCUGGCACAUAACACGGUUCUCAAAAGAAUUUUUUCAAACCUAACAAAUUGUUAAUUUGAUCAAAUUAUCAUAUUUGAUGAGGAUGCUACUGGAUGUAAUUGAAAGCGACCAUAGUUUUCUUCCUAAAUGGACGGUUAAUAAAUAGGAUAUGCAAGAGGAAAGUGGAAUCCCUCCACUGUUAAGUAGUUCCUUCACUUACACGCCUACAGUAGCUCCAUUAGUCUUAAAAAUAGCUCUAAUACAAGCAGCUAGAUCAUUUGCUGACUCUAAGUAUACCAAUAAAGUUCUGCUUUCUUUAAACUUAGCUUUGUUUGAGCAAGCAAUAGUUCAGAAGGCAGUAAAACCUAUUUGCACUGUAAUGGCAUCAGAGGUGGAUGCAAGUUCGGGACCAGAAGAUGGGACGGUACCAACUUUGAUGUCAUUAACACCAUAUAUAACUAAUGUAGAACAUGGCAACAAUGAAUCAGGCAAGUAUGUCUCUGGCCUGCCCAAUAAUCGCAAACGACAGAAGCUGUCCGUUCUUGAACACAACAGCAUUCAGAACAAUGAUGUGGACAAUCCAGAAGUCGAGCCCAAUAUGGAUCCGAAAUCAAAAAUGUCGGACACCAAGUCAAAUAAAUAUCCUGAAACGGAGAAGCAUUUGAAUGACAACAGUAAGAUCGUCAUUGAAGGGACAAUAUCUGUAGGCAACUCAAAAAGAAAAAGUCCAGAAAAAAUAUUGCCAUAUGAUAACGACUGUUAUAUGCCCCCAGAGCAGGCACUGGUCACAAGCGUGGAGUUAGUCGUUCCUGCCCCUCAAACGCCUUCAUCGAACACACCGGGCAGGCAAUCUGAAGAGCCCAAUCUUAGCACUCUAGGCGAAUCCUCGACUACACCGUCUUCGACUAUUGAUAACAAAUUGCAAUACAGUACGGUUGGUCUGUAUAAUUCUACUAGUUCCACAAGUAUAUUAGCAAAUGAUAAAAUCGUUGGUUGUGCAAAUGAUUCUUCCAAUUUGAACUUAAGAAUUCCUACUAAGUUAGUAGUAACGACAGCAACAGGUGAUAUUUUGCUGGAUGAUCGAAGGGCUUCUUUAUGGACGCCUCACCAUGACCAAUCCGGGCAAGGGCAACAACGCAUAGCGACAGCAGCGAGUGACACGAAGCAAGAGCCCAUGAAUGUAAGCUCGGAGCUGUCUUACCACCAUCAGAAUCGUCACUCCGAACUUUUGCUACAAAUCGAGAAAGAAAGCUCUGGUUCAUUUUUACAAGCAAGUCCAAUUCCAUUGCAGGAUAACCAUAAUAAUGCAGCUUCGGGCCAGUUUGGCCAAACAGAAGGGACUUCUAAUAUCGACAGUCAGUCGCACAAUAAUUUUUAUGCCCAAAUGAUGCAGCCGCAGCACCUUCUUCAUAAUCAGCAUCAACAAAGCAUGCAUGAACACAGUCCUCGCCAUCAGCAGGCUGCGAGUUAUGCUGGCUAUAUCUCCCAUUAUCAAAAUCCUCCGAUGUUUGGUGCCCAUCAAAGUGAGCAUCAUCAACGUCUUAACCAACAGCAGCAACCUCUUCAGCAUCUAAUGGAUUGCCACGGGCAUUUACAUCAAUCGACUCCUAUUUCCCAACAACAUCAACAUCAUCUGUCACAGCAAAUCCAUCAGCACCAACAUCAACAGGCACACCAACGAUUGCCAUUGCGCGAAAACUAUCAUGAUCUUAUUAUGGAUGAUUUCCACGAAGAACCCAGUCAUGCCUUCAAAUUAACCCUCUCUCCAAGCAACACCAAACCUGAAAAUCAAGAUGAUGGUUAUGAGACAAGUGCUGGCGACGUUUUAACACCAAAUUCUCAUAGUUCGUCCACACACUCCAUUACUCCUCAGCAUCAAAUGCAACAUUCGAAUAUCGUGCUCAUGACGCAAAACCAGAAGAAGCCUGAUGAUUUGCAAUUGACAAAAGUUACACUCUCCGGGGAAGCUCACACUGACCCCAAUGCUUGCUCAUCAAACAGUAGUCAAGGACAGGUUCUGGCCUCCCAGUCUCACCUAGAACUGAGUGAGGGCACUCGAUGCUCAAGUCAUGCCUCUGUUGUCGAUCCCUACAGUUUUAUGGGUGAGGAGUUGCACAUGCAUUCACCAUCACAUCGUCAUUUGGAUGCUGUCACAACUGGGCCAGGGCGGUAUGGGAUUUUAGUGUCAAAUGAUGCUCCCGAAUGUCUAAGCAGAGAAAUGUAUCGACACAGUCAACAAAGUACAACUGUAUUGGAACAAACUGAUAGCUCUCCGUGCGGCAUAAAUUUCAAGCCAAUGCCAAAAAAAAGAGGCCGCAAAAAGAAGCUAGUAGCUGUUAAUGCAGAUUCCUCACAAAUGACAACGCCAGUAGAUCAACAAAAGGUAUCUGGUGGCAGAGCAGAUUGUGAAGAUGGUGGUGGCGAUCAAGCUGCAAAACCCAAGGAACGCAAAAAACAUGACAGAUUUAAUGGAAUGUCCGAGGAGGAAGUGAUUAAACGGACAAUUCCAGAUCAUCUAUGUGAUAACCUUGAUAUCGUUAUAGUCGGGAUAAAUCCUGGGUUAUUUGCAGCAUACAAGGGACACCAUUACGCAGGUCCAGGCAAUCACUUCUGGAAGUGUCUUUACUUAGCGGGGCUUACUCAGGAGCAGAUGAGUGCUGAUGAAGAUCACAUGCUGAUAAAGCAAGGAAUAGGAUUUACCAAUAUGGUUGCUCGAGCCACGAAAGGAUCUGCUGACCUUACAAGAAAGGAAAUAAAAGAGGGCAGCCGAAUUUUGCUUGAAAAACUUCAGAGGUUUCGCCCAAAAGUAGCCGUUUUUAAUGGCAAACUAAUAUUUGAAGUGUUUUCGGGAAAAAAGGAAUUUCACUUUGGUCGCCAACCUGAUCGUGUUGAUGGCACUGACACUUUCAUUUGGGUGAUGCCCUCAUCCUCAGCACGAUGCGCACAGUUGCCGCGCGCCGCUGACAAAGUACCGUUUUAUGCGGCUCUAAAAAAGUUUCGGGACUUUCUGAACGGACAGAUUCCCCAUAUCGAUGAAUCAGAGUGUGUGUUUACGGAUCAAAGGAUCCGGCUAUGUAGCGAACAGCAACAGGUGGAUAUCGUUGGUAAAAUUAAGAAAACACAUCAAUCUUCUCUUGGCGAUCAUCCAUCCAGUUUAACAGUAGUAAGUAACUGUAGUGGUCCAAUCGCAGGGGAUGCAGAGUGUGGGAUUGUCGCCGAGGAGUCAGAUCAGGUUCAAUCGGAGAAAAUGAUUCCCGAAAUGGAUCCCACUGCGCCAUCUUCAAGUAAUGCAACUGAUGCGAAAUCGUUUUCCUAUGCGACAGAAAAUACACCCUUACUCCCAGUGUCUAAUCAUAAUCCUUCAAUUAAUGAAAGCAAUUACUUAUCCGUGUUGGGUUCUCAGCAGCCCUUGUCGCAGCAACCACUAGAGAAGAAAAAACGGGGCCGUCCGAAGAAAAUAAAAGGACAAGAUAUUAUUGAUCAUUCCGUCGGUGGAAAAGCUUCAUUGGCCGGACAGCAUAUACCCAGUCAUGAUUUUAAUAAUAUUCUUAACCUUUCGGUGAUGUCUGGCGGUGGCAGCAUUGAAACACCAAAAAAGAAGAGAGGCAGACCAAAGAAACUUAAACCCGCAAUUGACAACAUAAUGGCAGUUAAACAACUUCAACACGGUAAUAACAAUUUAAACACAACAGCAGGAUUGUCGGCAAGCUCAAUGCAUCCAAUAUCCAUGGAGCAUAUUGCAGCGUCUCCGCAAAGUAGUCAUCAAAUGCCGCCAAGUUUGUACAAUACCCCCCCACCGUCGCACCUUUUGUACACUGCAUCAGCAUCACCGAUGGCCUCUCCUGCCCUUAACUGCAAUUAUACUCAAGUUCAUGGACACGGAACUCCACCGGUAGGGCAAGUGGCUUCUGUUGCUCAGGGCUCGUCACCUGUCAUCGAUACGCAAAACGACCAUCUUCCUCAACAAAAGCAUGGAAACCUAGACGGUGGACUAGAUAUGCGGGAUCAUCCGCACUUGGGUGAAACACCUCCGCCAAGUUCACCAAAUAUGUGUUCAACAGUCGACUUCGAUCCACCAGACGAACACUCAGGCUCUCAAGUGGGCUCACGGGUGCUAAAUAAAGCCGUGGAAUUGGAUCAUCAACACCCUCAAAUAAUGGAUAAGGUCCAGUAUGAUAGCCCUGUACCUAAUACCGAGGCGAACCCAGCUCAUCCUCACGAACAUUACCAGCAAUGGCUUUCGCCUCAUCCUCACCAAAGUAAUCAACCAGCACAAAAACUGACACAUAGGCAACAACAUCCACCUAUGCACCAUUUCCAUCUGGAGCAGACGGAAAACUGGCGCUACGAAGAACAGAAUUCAAAUCCCUAUACGGUGAUCUCUGCUCACCAGCAGCAUUUGAGUCCACGACUUGGAAAUCAAACUCAUCAGAAUUCCUCCCCAUCAGGUCAUAUAUCCUCAGAUGUUGCUCAUAAAAGCUUAUGUGGACUCGAAUCGCUGGUUGAUCAAAUACCAGCAAUCAGAGAACAAGAUUGCAGCAAUAUACCAUUAGCGACAGUAGCGGCAGCUGCGGCUGCUGUGGAAAGUCGUAUCUUGAGCUUGCAGCACCAGCAUCAACAUCCCCUGCAACCACAUCAACAACACCAACAAAAUCAACAGCAGCAACUAAAGCAAUGCAAACAAGAGAACUCGGCGCAGGGAGAAUCUUGUAGACCUACAAGUGAGAAUAGCAAUGUAAGCAAUAGCAAUUUCUCAGUAAGCAGUCUAGCCGCUUCUGCUUCGUCUGCAAGAACUGACAACGUUGCUAUCUAUGGUAAUGGAGAAACAAAGGGCAACAAUGAAAGUAGCCAUAAUAACAAUUGUGACACCAAUAUUGACUAUCCCAUUCAUAAUCAAUCGGGUUAUCAUCAUACACCUCAUUUGAUUGGUAGCGCCCUGGGCACGAAUGUUAAUAAUUCUGAGCCUAAUCUUCACACGAUUUCCCAUCCUCAUCCACCUCACUCACAUCCGCAUUCAAUGUAUGUGGACCAAGCGCACCACAUGGCACAUAUCUCUUCCGUAAAUGUAAAUUCAAUGUACGGCCCUGCAUAUGGAUCCCAUCCACAGCAUACUACAGGAGAAUACGCAGGAACACAUGGUCACUAUAGUCUUGGCGGUAGCGUUCAGACUACUGGGCCAACAAGCUCUGCAACUUUACAUGUUCCGAGUCCAAAUUAUCCAUUUGGACACCACCCAUAUGGUCAUACGCCACCCCAAGCAAACUACCCAAGCUAUACUCAUCCACAUACUCACCAUCAUCAUAGCCAUCCCUCACACCAUUUAACCGUGUUUGAUCACUUAAAGCCGUCCGACAUAAGUGGGUACGGCGGUUUUUGAUUAAAAAAA